AUGCAGCACGACAUCCACUAUCCCAACCAGCAGCAAGGUCUUGUCUUGCCCACACCCUCCAUGCAGAAUCAGAUCCACGAACUGGCAAAAACACUCCCACCUCCACGGAAACAAAAUACUGCUUGCGAUGCCUGCAGGGCGCGCAAAGUCAAGUGCAAUCGUCUGCCUGGCCAGGACAAGUGUCAGCAUUGUCUGUCCAAGAACUAUGCCUGCACACAUUUUGUUCAACAGGCAACUAGCGAAAAGAAACGCAGCUCUGCAACUAGUCGCCGGCCCCGAAAUCUGAGUUCUGCUGGUGCAAAUUCAUCUACCCAUACUCCUCCAAAAUAUGCAUCUCCCGGUCCUGAUGCCCCAUCUUCCCCAUCCACAAUGACACAACAGAACCAACCCCUUAUGGUGCGGUACGGUUUUUUUCCGCCACUGACCUUGUCGACACCUACACACGACGUCCUUAAGUUUGUGUUUGCUCCGCCUGACCAACCAGGCAGCUCCAUGUCUUCUUCACCAUCGCAAGGCGGUUCAAAAUAUGAUAUUUGGGGCGAUAUGGCCUUCAAAUUAGAAGAUGCGAAAUUCAGAUCAGAGUUUGCGUUGGACCUCGUGGAAGUCUUCUUUCAGAUAGUACAUACGCGUCUUCCCCUCCUUAAUCCCGAACAGUUCCGGACACGUCUUCAGCUGCAAGGUUCAGCUGUUUCGAGCAACACUCCGCCUCUGCAUCCUGCUUUAGUAGCCACUGUGCUUGCGUGGGGUACCAAAUUCUCGGAGCAUCCUCUUCUAGUUGCUGACCGCCGACGGCCUGGUGGGCAAAGCUUGUUGGCAAAAACCCUCAUCGAUCGAGCGCGAGACCUUGCGGAAGCUUUGAAAGUCCAUCGUAUUCCUUCAUCAGACCAUGUGGUCAUUUCUUUGUUACUUGAACCACUUCAAAAUCAAAACCCUGAAGACCCACUUGGGUUCCACGGAUUUUGGCUAACUUCGGCAACGCGCCAUUUGCUUGAUCUCGGUAUCAAUCAUAAAUCAGUGAUGGCGAACAUACAGGAUCCAGAAAGUCGUGGAACUAUGAUCUUUGCCUGGUGGAUGACUUGUAUCAGUGAUGCAUACGCCUCAGCUUAUUAUCGAAGAAAACCUGUUCUGGAUGAUGAUGAUUACGAUAUUGACUUCUACACUGUUGACCCGGUCAACAUGGAAGUAUCCGACGGACAAGCCCCAAUGCCAUCUCCCAGGGAACAAUUAGAGGGAUAUUAUCGGGCCGCCCAUUCUCUUGCGCGGACAGCUCGCCAGAUGUCACGACAACUUUGGAGACCUGCCACCGAUUCUGAUGGCAUUUCAUUUGAGAACCUGUGCACUUUCGCUAAGGCUCUGACCGAAUGGAGAGAGGAAUAUCUCAAUCUCGUCGGCGUUCCGAGUAAUUUCGAGGGGGAAUGGGAUUUUGUCUCCGCCGUAUCGUCCUGCGCUAGUGAUGCUACUUAUCACGUUAUGUGGAUCAUUUUAUUCAACGCGCUAGACGACUUUGGUAUCAAAGAGCUCAACGCGGGAGGAAACCUACCCCACAAUCAUGCUGCCAUCGAUGAUGUGAAACGUAAAGUAGCCGACGAAGCAUUGCAUGGUGCUCUGCGUAUUGCAGGUCUCGCAGGGGUCUUGACAUCGAACGGGUACCUUCGAUUGGAUCCGGCAGUUAUGCAUAUCAGCUGUAUUCUUGCUGGGACUUUGUUGGCAAGACUUGGGCGCCCCGAAGUUGCGAACUGUAUAGCAGGCUUGAAGCAGUAUAGUUAUGCAUAUGAAGAGGCUGGAGACCAGGCCAAUGAAAUGAAUCGAUUGUUCAACAGAGUGCGUAUGGGAGAGCAGGAACUCCACCAUAUGGCAUCUGUUGCACCGCGUGUAGGAGGAUCUCCGCCAUCCUCAUCAUCACCGCACUCACAUCAUGGACACGGUAUGAUGGUGGACGACACAACGCAUCUUAGAACGAACGGAUCAUCAUCACAUGUCUUCUCCCAGCCUGCCGGAAACUUCUCAAAACCGUCCAUAUAUGGACAAUGA